GUGGCUGUGUGAAGGGGGACCCCCAGGGCUGGACCCAUGAGGAGUCAAAGAAGAUGCUCGCAGCCUGGGCGCUUCUGCUCUUCUUAGCCAUGUGGGUGAGAAACGCCACCAGUGGCCCGCUCUCAUUCAGAAUAGCUGCCAUUCUUGAUGACCCGAUGGAGUGUAGCCGCGGGGAGCGACUGGCCAUCACUCUGGCGAAAGACAGCAUCAACCGUUCCAGCAACCGCUCCACCACAGGGAAGCUGGAGGUGGACAUCUUUGAGCUGCUCCGAGACAGUGAAUACGAGACAGGGGAAACUAUGUGCCAGAUCAUGUCCAAGGGGGUUGUGGCGGUCCUGGGCCCCUCUGCCAGCCCGGCAUCCAACUCCAUCAUCAGUAAUAUCUGCGGUGAGAAAGAGAUCAUGUCCAAGGGGGUUGUGGCGGUCCUGGGCCCCUCUGCCAGCCCGGCAUCCAACUCCAUCAUCAGUAAUAUCUGCGGUGAGAAAGAGGUGCCGUACGUGAAGGUGGCUCCGGAGGAUAUACUGAAGGUGCAGUUUCCUCGCUUUACCACGCUGGACCUCAGGCCCACUAAUACAGACAUCAGCAUGGCUGUAGCUGGACUGCUAACGUACUUCAACAGCAGCACGUCGUGUCUCAUAUGUGCUCAGGCCGAUUGCCUAUUAAACCUGGAGGUGUUACUGCGACAGUUUCUCAUCUCCAAGGAAACCCUUUCCGUUCGCAUGUUAGAUGACAGCCAGGAUCCCACCCCCCUUCUCAAGGAGAUCCGCGAUGACAAGACUGCCACUAUCAUAGUGGAUGCCAACGCCACCAUGUCUCACAUUAUUUUGGAAAGGGCCUCAGAGUUGGGGAUGCUGUCAGUGUACUACACCUACAUCCUGACUUCCUUGGAAUUCUCUCUGCUACGAUUGGACGAUUUAGCUGAUCAACGAGUCAACAUUGUCGGGUUUUCAGUCUUCAACAGGACACAUCCUUUCUUUCAGGACUUCGUCCUCAGCCUCAAUCGAUCCUGGCAGGAGAACUGUGAUCAUGCUCCUUUUGCAGGAACACCAAUUGGUCAGUGGCAUUCAGAGCAGGGACUGUCCAUGGAGAGGAAGCUUCCAUCACUUAACGUGACAGACACACUAUUCAACACCACUCUCACCAUAACUACCAUCCUGGAGAAUCCAUAUGUAAUGCUGAGAGCCAAUCACCAGGAACUUGAAGGGAACGAGCGCUACGAAGGCUUCUGCGUGGACAUGCUGAAGGAGUUGGCAGAUACCCUGAAGUUCAAGUACCGCAUUCGACUAGUUGGGGACGGUGUGUACGGAGUGUCGGGCGCCAAUAGCACCUGGACAGGCAUGGUGGGAGAGCUCAUCAGCAGGAAGGCUGACUUGGCUGUGGCCGCCCUGACCAUCACGGCCGAGAGGGAGAAGGUCAUUGAUUUCUCCAAACCCUUCAUGACUCUGGGGAUCAGCAUCAUGUACCGAGUGCACAUUGGAAGAAGACCGGGGUAUUUCUCCUUUUUGGAUCCGUUCUCUCCUGGGGUUUGGCUUUUCAUGUUGCUGGCGUACCUGGCAGUGAGCUGCGUGCUCUUUCUGGUGGCAAGGCUAACACCUUAUGAAUGGUACAACCCUCACCCCUGCCUGAAAGGGCGCUGUAGCCUGCUCAUUAACCAGUAUUCGCUGGGCAACAGUUUCUGGUUUCCUGUGGGUGGUUUCAUGCAGCAAGGCUCCACCAUCGCCCCCAGAGCCCUGUCCACACGCUGCGUCAGUGGAGUAUGGUGGGCCUUCACCUUGAUCAUCAUCUCUUCCUACACAGCCAACUUGGCGGCCUUUCUCACUGUGCAGAGGAUGGAGGUGCCCAUCGAGUCCGUGGACGAUCUGGCUGACCAAACGGCCAUCGAAUACGGCACCAUGCACGGCGGGUCCACCAUGACCUUCUUCCAGAACUCCCGCUACCAGACGUACCAACGCAUGUGGAACUUCAUGUACUCCAAGCAGCCCAGUGUGUUCGUGAAGAGCACUGAGGAGGGCAUCGCCCGAGUGCUCAACUCCAAUUAUGCCUACCUGCUGGAGAGCACCAUGAACGAGUACUACCGCCAGCGCAACUGCAACCUCACCCAGAUCGGAGGCCUGCUGGACACCAAGGGCUAUGGCAUUGGCAUGCCUCUGGGCUCGGUCUACAGAGAUGAGUUUGACCUGGCCAUACUCAAACUACAGGAGGAAAACCGCUUAGAGAUCCUGAAGAGGAAAUGGUGGGAUGGUGGCAAGUGUCCAAAAGAGGAGGAUCAUCGAGCGAAAGGUCUGGGCAUGGAGAACAUCGGUGGGAUCUUCGUGGUGCUUGUGUGUGGUCUUCUGGUGGCCAUCUUCAUGGCGGUGCUGGAGUUUGUGUGGAUGCUGCGUCAUACGCCAGCAACAGAGCUGUCCGUGUGCGAGGAGAUGCUACGAGAGCUGCAGGGCAUCGUGCUGUGUCAGGACAGCCUGCAGUUACGGCGCAGGCGUGGAGCCAGCGUGUUGCGACCGCAGCCUCUGCCCCUGGACGAACGACGGGCGCGGGCAGCGGCGGCGAGCCUCAGCAAUGGCAAGCUGUGCACGGGCACAGGCCUACCCGAACCCCUCUCCCACAGACUGGCGCAGGAGGCCGCCCUGGUGGCGCGAGGGUGCAGUCACAUUCGCAUCUGCCCGGAGUGCCGGCGCUUCCAGGGCAUUCGAGUGCGCCCGGCCGGCCCUCCAGGAGCAUCGCCCACCCACAGCGAGGAGAGUAUAGAGUGGGAGAACCGCACCAACAACAGUGAACACGAAUAACCUCUCGGAUCUGUGGCGGAUAGACAUUAAACGACGGCUUUGCUGGACCCAGGGAUUAUGGGAACGUAGGCUCCGGGGAAGGAGCUAAAAGAGAAGCUGUCCAUGCUGCUCGAUUCGGCCCAGGAGCUGCAUCUGGUUUCUGUACACUGUCCUUACAGCCCUCUGCUUUCGGGGGACACAGCAGAGGGGCUUUGUACUAUGCAGUAUAUUUGUCUUACUGUGCUGUUGAUUUAUUUUUAAAUUAUUGCUCUUUUGUUGUGAUACCACUAUAUUGCUAUUAUCUCCUUCUCACGACACCCGUUUAAUUUGGUUUUUCACACCGUGGAUGGCUGCAGACUGUGUCAACUACACGCAACCUUUUUUAGAGUGCCAAAAUACUUUGUAUUAAUUCUGUGCUGUUGCCAUCUCAUUCCAGCCCCUGAAGGAGUAACUAUUAAGAGAACUGAAGACAAAAACAAC